AUGUGGGCUGGGCUGGGGCUAGUUCUGGCUCUCUGUCUCCUCCCAGGAGGAGGGACAGAGAUCCAGAACUGCAAGGAGCCCCCAGAAUGGCACAUUGGGGAGGAGAACCCAAUGCUGAACUCUAGGGGCUCAGUAACAGUGGUGGCUCUCCUCCAAGCUAGCUGAUACUUGUGCCUGCUGCAGGCUUCCAGAUUGGAGGACCUGCGAGUGAAGUUACAGAAUGAAGGACUGGUCAAUAUCUCGUAUGUAGUUGUCAACCAUCAGGGAACUUAUUCCCAGAGGAAAUUUCACCUGCUGAAAGAAAGUGUUUCAGACUAUAUUACUGUCUACCAGCAAGAUGAACAGCAAGCUGAUGUCUGGACUACUUUAAAUGGAAACAAAGAUGACUUUCUCAUCUAUGACAGAUGCGGCCGUCUAGUGUAUCACCUGGGUCUGCCCUAUUCCUUCCUGUCUUUCCAAUAUGUAGAAGAAUCUAUUAAGAUUGCAUACUGUGAAAACAAGUGUGGAAACUGCUCUUACACGGAACCUGAUAUUGAUGGUGUAUGUAAAAACAUCACACAAAAAGCAGAUGAAAAGCUAACAGAGAUAGAACCCAAGCCAACUGGUCAACAUUCACAUCACCACAGCCUGCACAGACAUAGACAACACCACCACCGCGAGGGCAGUCGUCAUUCCAAAAAUGAGAACCAUCAGGCUUCUUCUGAAACUCAAAGACAUCAUCCUCACAGUGGUCAGCGUCGUAGAGUUUUUGGCCGUAACAGACAUGAUCAGACAGGUAAUCAUGAACAGGUAGACACUGUUCCUGCAGGGGAAAGUGUGGAAAUUACACAAGAUAAAAAGCUAUGAAAAAAAGGGAAGACCAGCUGUAAAAACCAGUUAACUUGAAAUUGGCAGACAGCAUCAGACUCAACUUCUAGUAGCUGAUGCUGUCAUUGACGACACCUUUUGUUUGAAGAGCUAGGAAAUUCUGUCACUUGACAGUGUCGCGGAGCACUUCCAAAUUCUUGCAGGUGACAUGGCCAGCUGCCAGCAGAGGACAUCACUGAAUCUUGACAGUGACGUCUGCUCACUGCUGCCUGACAGUCACCAGCAGCAAGCGAAACUAGUGACACCUGAGAGUGACAGGAAAAGGCAAGAAACUGAGCCUGAAAAACAAACUAA